UGAGACCGCACCGCAGUCAAAGUGUGGCCGUCGUCCGAUCCAGUUUGGUUCGCAGUAGUCGCGUUUCGUCGAGUGUCGUACCCACGAGGAAAUAAGAAGAAAGCAUGUGAGCGUGGAUGGUGCUCCGGUGCUCGGUUUUAAGUUAUUUUGCUUGGUGCAAGAUGCACUUUUAGCGAGAAGACAAAAACAAUUAUUGGUAGAAAGUGGCCGCCGCUGCAGCAGCACCAACUGCAGCCAUCGCGCUGUGUUGUAUUCGAUUGUCAGUAUGUAUUGUGUUCCAUUAUCUUAGAGGAUCAACACUUUAAAUUGCAGUAGUGAAUCUGUGAAAGGAAGAACAAAAGAAAAUAAAUAAAUAAAAAGUGACCAAACCUGAUAAAUUGUCAAUUAACUGUGCUAGUGCUGAAAAAAAAAAUCAUCUGUGUUCGAUGUGAUUGGCGUGAUUGGUUUGUUGUAACGCCUGUUAAAACAAAACCGGUAACCGAAGAACCAGUAUUCGAUUUGGUACAUCCAGUUUGUAGAAGAGGUAAACGAGAAACUUUAAUCUAGUGUUGGACGAAGCCGCCGAUCGGCGCCCGAGAACUGGAUCGGCUGUUUGGCGCCGCUGCCAGGUGUUUACGAUUGUUUUUAAUCGUGGUGGUUAAUUUCGGCGGGACAUAAAUACGGAUUCAGCAGUAGCAUUUAUGCCACUGCGUCGUCUAUGACCGAAGGAGAAACCCGUCGUCAGAUCUGAUAUUCAUCAACGGCAGAUCAACCGACAGUCGAUGCACGUAUAAUCGGCUCCAAAUCGGCACCGAUAAAUGGGCUCACGUUGGACGCGAUUGUUUGUUUGAUAAAUCCCAAGCGGCGGAAACGAGGAGGCCGUACUUAAAAGGUGGUGGUGUGCACAAGAAGAAGGUGCAGGACGUAAACGGCUGAAGUCGCGCACAUAAUGCCAUUAAUCAAGUUGAUUAUUAUUAUGAAUGUAAUUAAGUGGAAAAUGCUCGCAAGCGAAGAGGAAAUAUUUUAAUAACUCGUAAAAAUCGAGGAGUAGUGCUUUAGGAGUCUGGUGAGAAGCAGGCCGCCAGCGAAGACGACGCCGGUGACCACGUGCGGUUGGUGUUUUUUUUUUCUUCUCUUUAUUACCGCCCUUUUAAACGUCGGUACCCAGUGACUGUGAUAUUUAUAGGCAACACCAACAGCUGGUGUUGUCCCGAUCGUGGGGCAAAGAAAAUCUCAGUGCGUGGCGAAGUCAAGUGUGCCCAAGGGAAAAAAACGCGAUGGCGUUUCGUUGGCUCGAGCUGUGUGUUAAAUUUAGAUUAGUGCUAAUAGGUUUUAUUGUUGUAAUUUAUUUUGUGAGUGUCGUGACUGCCGGUGCUGGAGGUGGCGGCGGUUCCGCGCUAGCGUCGUUUGUAGAGGAAGACUUCCAGCUGGGUAGCUACCGUCAGAAUCCAUACCAGUCGAGAAGGCGUCACCACUAUCGCGAAGGUCACCAUCGAAGGUCUUCUUUUAGGCGAGUUCGAGCCCCCCACGACGGUCGUGGUCGAGUGAAGAAAAGUGGUGUUGUUGAAGGUAUUUUAGCCCAAGACUCGCCCAUUAAUGACAUCAUACGACAGGCACGAGAACGGAAACCAAACAUAAUUUUAAUUUUGACCGAUGAUCAGGACGUCGAGUUGGGGUCGCUCAAUUUCAUGCCCCGUACUCUACGCUUGCUGCGUGAGGGUGGAGCCGAGUUUCGUCACGCCUACACUACCACUCCAAUGUGCUGUCCCGCGCGCUCGUCGAUCCUGACGGGCAUGUAUGUGCACAACCACAAUGUCUUCACCAAUAACGACAACUGUUCAAGCACCACCUGGCAAACAACCCAUGAAACGCGCUCGUUUGCGACCUACCUCUCGAACGCCGGCUAUCGCACCGGCUAUUUCGGAAAAUACCUGAACAAGUACAACGGAUCGUAUAUUCCGCCGGGCUGGCGAGAAUGGGGUGGUCUCAUCAUGAACUCCAAGUAUUACAAUUACAGCAUCAACAUGAACGGACAGAAGAUUAAGCACGGCUUUGAUUACGGCAAGGAUUAUUAUCCGGACUUGAUCGCUAACGAUUCGAUUGCUUUUUUGCGCCAAAGCAAACAUCAGAACCACCGGAAGCCGGUGCUGCUGACGAUGAGUUUUCCGGCGCCACACGGUCCGGAGGAUUCCGCUCCGCAGUACAGCCAUCUGUUCUUCAAUGUCACCACUCAUCAUACGCCCGCCUACGAUCAUGCGCCCAAUCCGGACAAACAGUGGAUUCUGCGGGUGACUCAACCGAUGGCACCGAUCCAUCGCAAGUUUACGGAUCUGCUGAUGACGAAACGGUUGCAAACACUGCAAUCGGUGGAUGUCGCCGUGGAACGGGUCUACCAGGAGCUGAAAGCCCUUGGCGAGUUGGAUAAUACCUACAUCAUCUACACCUCGGACCAUGGAUAUCAUUUGGGACAGUUUGGUCUUAUUAAGGGCAAAAGUUUCCCGUUCGAGUUUGAUGUUAGAGUUCCGUUCCUGAUGCGAGGUCCCGGGAUCGAACCGGCCAGUGUGGUUGACGAAAUUGUGCUAAACGUUGAUUUGGCGCCUACCUUCCUGGACAUUGGAGGAGUCGCACCGCCACCGCAUAUGGACGGGAGAAGUUUCUUACCGUUGAUACUAAACAGGCAUAGGAAUGCGAUUGAUAAGUGGCCUGACACUUUUUUGAUUGAGAGUUCCGGACGGCGGGAGACUCCGGAGCAGAUGCAGGAACAACGCAUGAAGGCAGCGGCAGCACGUUACAGUGCUCGAAUGAAUGCUGCUAAUGGGACGAUGGUUGCCGUGGAGCACCAACUGGAACGGGAGAAGACUGCUCCGCUGGAAACGGUAACCGAGGCAGACAAGCGAGAAGAAGUUACACUCGAUUUCGGAUCUCACGAGCACGAUGAUGAUGAGGAGGAUCAUGACAGCGAACAUGAGGAUGAUGAAAUUCACACCGAGGAAGCUGAUUCGGAACCUUUGGAAGCUCGUCAGGAUCAGGAGGAUUACGUUAUCGAUCAUCAGGAAGCUUUGCACUUUGCAGUUAGUGAAGCUCACCAUGAUCCACUUGACAAUCAUCUCCCGAUGACGCCGUAUCGUUCGAAGAUGGAACGGCUGAACAACGAGUGCUCGAACCCGUCAGUGCAGCAAAAUUGCGUUCCCGGCCAGAAGUGGCGCUGUGUUAGCGAAGAUGGCCGCUGGCGGCGACACAAGUGCAAAUUUCAUCUGCAGCUGCAGAACCACCUGGCGGAGAUCAAUAAACUUUCUAGUCAAAAUAAGCGUAACUGCGCUUGUUUCACUCCGGAUGGGCUGAUCUACACUAAGAUUAAGUCCAAAAGGGACAACAAACAUCACACGCUGCAUAGUCGGGGAGGUCGGCGGCAGAAACGGGACGUGUCCCAGCAGGAGCUAUUUUUCGAGGCUAACCCCGAGAUGGUGCGGAUGCUGCAAGUCGUCAGAUCUGUGGUAGAAUUGGAGCAGGCGGUAGAAUCUAGUCAUACCAGUGGCAGAAGCAAACGCGAAGCUGCAGGAGGAAAUCAAAUUGAAAGCGUGAUUCGGGAGCUGCAAAACACGCUGAGAGAGAUCGAAGGAAACUUCGAGAACAGCUCGAUCCUGAAAAAAAACAAUCAAUCACUGGACACCGAAGAGAAUGGUGGAGAAACGAAGUGCUUUGUUACGGCCGUUGGAAAGGUGAACUGCUCGAAUACCAUCUACGAGGAUGAAAACAGUUGGAGACGCAGUCGAAACCAGGUGGAUAUGUUGAUUAAGGUGCUAAAAAAUAAAAUCAACGAUUUGAAGGAUAUUAGAAGACAUCUAAGAGAGCACAAACCAUUCAACUUCCGGGAUGAUGGAGAAGAUGGUGAUGAAGAGCGCGAAGAAGACAAUCAUAGUGCUUCAGUAGAAGCUGAUUUCGACUCCAGUACCACUACGAUCGGUUCGAUAUUGACAACAUCUCUGCCAGUGCCAUCGGCGACAUUUGUUGAAGUUGCAGUGCUGAGGAAGGAUCAUCUUAAUCGAACAGGGUUUGGGAAGCGGCCCCGACCUAACGGGGGAUUCCGUCGUCGGCCAAAACCUACACGAACGGAAGACGAUGAGGGUACACUAAUUGACAUGAGUCUCUUUGAUACAAACAGCCAUCGUGAGGAAGUUACAUCGGAUCUUGCCUCUCCCGGUAGUCGAUCUAGUCAAAAUAGGCAAAGAAACUCUGGACAAGCUUCUAACUUUAGUGGCAAGCAUAGGAACCGUAACCGAAUGGACUUCCAACCUAUUGCAAGUACAACUAGUGAAGCAACUACUACCGUUUCUGUUAAUACCACUACCAGUGUUGAGUUGACUACUGCGAAUGCUUCCACCAGAGAUGAAAUAAGUUCCAGUAGUACUACUAGAAACAUUUUGGACCUUACUGAACAGAUACUCCAAUCUAUUGCGAGUACUACCAGCACGGUCGGACACGACGAAAGUAGUAGUUUCGCCUCAACAGUGGCUGAAGAGGCGAAAGACGUUUCCAGUAUUUAUGUACCACGUUUGGUUCAAACUUCUACUCCAGCAGCAGAAUCCUUCACGCCCACAGCACCGACUCAGAUGCGAACAGAAUCUUCCACACCGGAAGAGCAGUUCGCGCCCUUCUCAUCCUCUACCGUCGAAACUACUUCCAAAAUGACAACGGUAGCCAACGAAAUUUUCGGCAUCGAUGCCAUCAGCCACAAUCAAAUCCCAGUGGUGAAAAACGAUGCCAUUUUGCCACCAGCCGAGUGCUAUUGCGAACCGGAAGUGCCAGGACCAAUAACGGAUGAGAGGGAGUUGGCGCGGGAGACGCGCCGUCGCCUGAAGGAGGAACGCCAACGGAAGAAGGAACGGAAACGACACCGUAAGGCGAAACUGGAAAAAGAAUGCCUUUCGGAGCGAAUGAACUGCUUUAGCCAUGACGCAAACCACUGGCGGACGGCGCCACUGUGGGAUGAUAAGCCGUUCUGCUUUUGCAUGAACGCCAACAACAAUACCUACUCCUGUCUGCGAACGAUCAAUCAGACGCAUAACUUUUUGUACUGUGAGUUUACGACCGGAUUGGUUACUUACUAUAAUCUCAGAAUCGAUCCAUUCGAGACCCAAAACCGAGAGUCCUCGCUUACCGCGGAGGAAAAGGCGGUAUUGCACGAAACGCUAGAGUACAUGAAAAGUUGUCGCGGUAAAAGCUGCACACUGCCACGGCACCAGCACAGUGCUGGUGCGAUGGGAGCAGGACAAACGGACAGCAGUCUGCUGUUGCCGGUGGUUAAUGGACGGUUGCCGGGGACUAACGGUGCUACAAGCGGGAAGCGUAAGCAUCACCGGGAUCCUACUGGAGCUGCUAACGGAAAUAUUCCCGUUCACUUCUCGGAUUUUGAUGCCAUGCAGAAUAACACUCCGAAGAAAAAGAUCAAAUGGGGCAAACGAAAACAACACUGGCAACAGCAGCAGCACCAGCAACGGCACGGCGCAGGUGGCCACCACAACCACCAACAGCAGCUAAUGUUUCGCAGCGGAGAGCACUAUCCUAGUCAGAGCAACGAGUUUCAAACCUCCGGCGUCGGUUUCAACGGGGGCUUGAAGCGAAACCGCACCAGCCGGCGGCCCAUUUGGAGAAGCACAAUCUAUACCGCUUAGAUGCGAGCGACAAAAACAAAAAGAGACGCGCUGCUACCGAGAAUCUCCCAGUUGUGAAAGCUGUAGCCGUUUUGUUAGGUACACGCCGCUUCCGGCACGCGAACAGCAAAUGAAAAAAAAAACGCUAAAAUGUUGUGCUAAGUAUUGCUUGAAUGUACAAUUAGUUGUUCACGUCUCGAAAUCUGCAACCGCACUCAAAUGACUGAUGUAUAAAUUUUAUUCCCACGUUUCCCAUUUCAAAUUGUGUACAUGUUUAAAUAACAUAUUUUUUUUUUAAAAUUAGAUUUUGUUCAUUAGUUGUUGAUAAAUUAUGGAUCCAUACUUCAAACGUACUACUACUAUCUACUAUUACUACCACUACUACUACAACCACUUCCGUAACAGGAAAUUUGCUAGGUUAGAGUCAUUGCCAUUCCAUGUUCACACAAGGCAUGAAAAAGGUUACGCAGCCAGCAGAAGUUGCUAGCAUAGGCAAAAGAAAACAACAUUUUAUCGUCUAUUAGUUGGAGGCUGUCCAAUGCCAAAAAUAUAUUCCCGUGCGGAUGAACAUAUAGAAUUUGCACAAAAUUAGGCUUUCGAAUAAUACGUUUUUUUUCUCAAUAUAAGAAAACAAACUAAAUCAGAUAUUAUUGUAUCAGCAGUGAAACGGUAGUUUAAACACUCAACAAUCAUGGUAUUUAUUAUUACAAAGAACACAAUUUUGAACAAAAUAAAUUUGGCUCUCCUCUAGCGAGGAAAGUUCACAGGAGCGUUAGAAUGAAGCAGUUAGCAUUUUAUUGCCGUAAAGAGUUACGUUACUAGUAGGUAGCGUUCGUUUCGAGCUAAUAGAAACAACGAACCGCGCACAGUCCUGUAGAGAGUUGUAAGAGGAAAACAUCAGAAAUAUUUGGGCUCUGUAUUAGCGUGGUGGACAGUGGCCAGCGUGUUUUUCUUCGCUUUAUAUUGCACACUCAAGAAAGCAGAGCUGCCACUGUUAACCAUUAGCGUCAACAAAUAAAAAGUGUAGAUCAUAUGCAUCAAAACUUUGGAAAAAAUUUGUGCUGUGAAUUGUUCAAAUUGUUUGGAGAAACAUACCGAAUGCUCCGACUAAGGUGUGAAAUGAUUUCAGGAGAUGGAGUCGCCUGAUAUUUUUUUCAAAGGCGUCCCCAUUGAAGAAAAUAAGAAAACAUUCAAUAAUCAAUAGUGACAGCGUAAGGAUUAGUAAGCUUUCUGAGAUGUAUUGAAGUAUAUAACAGUCUAGAGUCUAGACAAACCCUGAUUUAGCACUCACUGUAAAGAAAGAAAGUAAAAAACAAAACAUUCAGAACAAAAUUUGGCAAAUAACUGAUAGAAGACUAUGAAUGAAUUUCAGCUGAUACGGUGGAAUUUUAAUUAGAAUGAAAUUUGUUCAAUCGGAUUGUUUCUAGCGGCUGACUGACAUUGGCCCCGAUAAGGUUUAGCUUGAUUUGCAAUAGUAAAACAGUUGCCCAAUACUUCGCCAGCUGAUGGCCUCAGCAACAUAUGAAUUGAUAAGCGAGAGUACGCUUAGUACAAUGUUUAUAAAAUUUGCAGGAAGGGAAAGGCAGAAUAGCAUAUGACUAAUGAUUAAUUGCCUCUGUGAUCGAUUAUUCGGUAGCGUUUCACAUGUAUUGUUUAAUUUAUAAACGUCAAUUUAUGCUGGAAGUUCAGCGUUCCUUUGAAGCACCGCCACCUCAUAUAAUCAAUUAUGGUCCGAUGUUUUCCAUGUAAAAAAAUUGAGCUUAUGAUAUUAAAUUAAAUUUAAGUCCAUAA